AAAGCUCUUGACAAUGGUGUCAUUUCUCCACUUAGUUCUAGCUCUUCCUCUAUUGAGUUUCAUCAUCCUCUUAUUGAAAUCUAGAACCAAUAAGAAACCAGCAACCGUUCUACCAGGUCCAAAAGGCCUUCCUAUCAUUGGUAAUCUUCAUCAACUAGACAAUUCAGGUCUCCAUUUCCAACUGUUGAACCUCUCAAAAAUCUAUGGUCCCAUUUUUUCUCUUCGUAUUGGGAUGAGGCCUGCCAUUGUUAUAUCCACACCCGGAGUAGCAAAAAAGAUCCUAAAUGACCAUGACCUUGAUGUUGCCAGGAGACCUCCCAAUCUUGGCAACCAAAAAAUCUCUUACAAUGGGACAGAGAUAAUAUUUUCUCCCUACAAUGAUACUUGGAGAGAGAUUAGAAAACUUGCUGUUGUCCAUUUCUUAAGCUUUAAAAAGGUCUCUAUGUUUUCCCAUGUAAGAAAAGAUGAGGUCAAAAAAAUGAUCAAAAAGAUAUCAGGGCAUGUUUGUUCUUCCAAAAUAACAAAUCUGAGUGAGAUAGUAUUGUCUACCUCUAUCUCUAUAAUUUGGAGAAUUGGUUUUGGGAGAAAGUGUGGCGAGGAAGGAGCUGAAAAAAGCAGGCUCCAUGGGCUUCUUAAUGAGACAGAGGACAUCUUCACUUCCUUCUUCAUUUCAGAUCACAUUCCUUUCAUGGGUUGGAUCGAUAGACUCACAGGGUUACGUGCUCGUGUUGAAAAUGCUUUCAAGAGAAUGGAUAUGUUUUCCCAAGAAGUCCUUGACGAGCACCUUGAUCCUAAUAGACUGAAGGAAACUGAAGAGGGGGAUAUAGUUGAUGUGUUACUAGGGCUUCAGAAGCAGGGUAACCUCUCAAUAGAUCUCACUCAUGAUCAUAUCAAAGGUGUCAUAAUGGAUCUAAUUGUAGCAGGAACUGACACAAGUGCAUCCACAGCAGUUUGGGUGAUGACUGCAUUAAUGAAGUACCCAAGAACAAUGAAGAAAGCUCAAGAAGAAGUAAGAAAUCUUUAUGGAAACAAAGAUUUCAUCGAUGAAGAGGAUAUUCAAAACCUGAAAUAUUUGAAGGCAGUGAUAAAAGAGGCAUUGAGAUUGUAUCCAACAGCACCAGUACUACCCAGGGAAACCAAUAAAGGUUUCAUUAUAGAUGGGUAUGAAAUACAACCCAAGACCUUGGUGUAUGUGAAUAUUUGGGCUAUCCAUAGAGACCCUGAGGCCUGGAAAGACCCAGAUGAGUUCUAUCCUGAGAGAUUUUUAAACAAUGAUAUAGAUUUUAAGGGAAGAGAUUUUGAGCUAAUUCCAUUCGGCGCUGGACGUAGAAUUUGCCCUGGCCUUCCAAUGGGAAUUGCCACAGUGGAACUCAUAAUUGCCAAUCUACUAAACUCAUUUGACUGGGAAUUGCCUAUUGGGAUGGCACCAGAAGACAUAGAUGUUGAAGCGCUACCUGGACUUGCCGUACAAAAGAAAAAUCAUCUUUGUCUUGUUGCAAAGAAUCGAAAAUGAAAGUCAGGAGGGCUAUAAUAAUGAAUAUUUAUUCUUGCCUUGUAUCCUGAUUAUAAUUUUCUAGGUCAUGCUUUUAUCACUUUUGUUGUUUUUUCAUUUGGUGGUCAUUGGUUCAUCUUUUGUAGUUGGAGCUUAGCGUAAUAAAGGGGUGGGGUCUCAUACUGUGCAAGUUUUCUCUUUUAGGUUGGUCCUUUGGGGAUUUUUUUACUUAAGUUUCCUCCCUUGGGAGAGGUUUGUUCCCAAGUUUUCUUCUUUUCAAUAAAUUCAUCUUUUGGUGUAAAAAAAAUUACUAAACAAAUUUCCUAUAG